AUGUGCAUUAUAUUAUAACGUUUAAAUUUAAAUGAAAAGGAUAUGAAAAAUUCAGAAUGAGACACUGUCAUCUAACCUACAACAUUUAAAUUUAAAUAAUUUAUAAUCAUACAAUGUCCAAGCAAGAAAUAAAUCCUGAUUGCGAAAGAAUGAGCAGUAUUUUAGAAAAUAAAAAUAUCGAUCUAGAAGUUUAUAGAAAGUUGGUAAAAAGUUACAUUGAUUUGCAUUUAUACAAUGCCGCAUUGUUUUGGGCAGAUAAAGUACUUUCACUAAGUAAUGAAAACUUAAAGGAUGUCUGCGUUUUAGCACAAUGCAUGUAUUUAAUGAAGCAGUAUCAUCGAGCAGCUCAUUUAAUAAGAAGUCGUGGACUCGAAAAGAAGAACGUUAUGUGCCAUUACUUGGUCGUUCGUUGUCUGCUCGAGGCUAAAGAACUUACAGAAGCUGUUCAAGUCAUUAAUGAAUUUGAAACGUUAACAAAUAUCAAUCAGUCGGAAACUAGUUUCGACGAUCAUUCUAUUAUAAUAGACGAUGCUCCAAAAAAUGUGCAAAGUGCUAUUUUAUUUGUUAAAGGAAAAGUUUACGAAGCAAUGGAUAAUCGUGCGGUAGCGACCGAAUGCUACAAACAAUCGCUUCAUUGCGAUGUUUAUUCAUAUCAAGCAUUUGAAGCCCUUGUGCAAAAUCAAAUGCUAUCCUCUACCGAAGAAAGAGAUUUAUUAGAUUCAUUGCCAUUUUCUGAACAAUGUAAAGAGGCCGAUACUGAAUUAUUAAAAUUACUUUAUGAAAGUAAAUUGAAAAAGUAUCAAGCACCAGCGGAAUACAAUUUACUUGUAUCUUGUGGAGCACUCGUUAAAGAUCGUUUAAGACAUAAUUUAGAUAUACAAGUUGCAGAAGCGGAAAGAUUGUACUAUAAUUGUGAUUAUCAUCAGUGUUUCUCGCUAACAGAAAAUAUAUUAAAAAACGAUCCUUAUCAUAGUGGCUGUUUACCAGUGCACAUAGCAUGCCUUGUUGAGCUAAGAAAAACAAAUGCUUUGUUUUAUUUAGCUCAUAAAUUAGUAGAUUUAUAUCCAGAUUUAGCUUUAUCAUGGUUUGCUGUCGGUUGUUAUUAUUACAGUAUAGGAAAAAGCGAUCCAGCUAGAAGGUAUUUGGCCAAAGCUACCUCUUUAGAUCGUCUAUUUGGCCCUGCAUGGCUAGCCUACGGCCAUUCCUUUGCUGUUGAAAAUGAACACGAUCAAGCAAUGGCUGCUUAUUUCAAAGCCUCGCAAUUAAUGAAGGGUUGCCACUUGCCUUUACUGUACAUUGGCCUCGAGUGCGGCUUAACCAAUAACUUGAAACUAGCUGAUAAAUUUUUUCAACAAGCCCAAAGUAUCGCACCAGACGAUCCAUUUGUUAUUCAUGAAACUGCUGUCAUAUCUUUUUAUAAUUUAGACUUUAAAAAUGCGGAAAAGCAAUUUAAAGAAGCCAUGAAAAAAAUUCAAACUGGACUGAAAGAUGUUAUUCUUCCAAAUAAAUGGGAAUCGUUAUUAAAUAAUUUAGGACAUACUUGUAGAAAAAUGAAAAAAUAUGAAGAAGCAUUAGAUUACCAUCAGCAAGCAUUGGUUUUAAAUCCACUGAAUCCAGCAACGUAUUCAGCAAUUGGCUUUAUUCAUGCGAUGAUGGGUAAUACUCAAGAAGCAGUAGAUGCAUGUCAUAGAGCUUUAGGUCUUCGACGAGACGAUACCUUCACAACUACUUUACUAGGAUUUGUUAUGGAACAACUUAUUAAUGAAUGUCAUCCAUUUAUAGAUGCUCCACUAGAAACGCCAAAGUAUCAAUUCUCCGAGUCUCAAAGGAAAACAGACCAAUCAACUGAUAAUGUAGCAUCUGCUGAAGCUCAAGAUCAGCAAAUUGAUAAAUUGAGAGUAAACUUAUUUUCAGGUUGGGGUGAAAAUUCGGCAAAAACCGAAGAAUUUUCAACUAGCGAAUUAAGUUCUGAAGUAGAAAUGCUUGAUUCUUCGAAUAUGAAACAAGAAUAAUAAAGGAAUAAAUUUUUUAUCUCGUUCGUAAAGUUGCUCAUUUUUUUUGUCAGAAUAUCCGCGCCAAAAUAUAUUAAAACAGUCAUUUUAUGUAAAUUGCAUUACGUAUAUAUUGUUUAUUGAAUACGAGCUUUAUUUAAAUAAAUUGUUAGGCAAAAUUGGUGAAACUCAAGAAAGCAUGUAAGUUUAUUCGGC